AUGCGCGGUAAACGUUCAAAGCAGUAUCGCAAGCUCAUGCACCAGUAUGAGCUUUCCUUCAACUUCCGUGUUCCUUACCAGGUCCUGGUCGACGCCGACAUGAUCAAGGACACCUUCCGUUUCAAGAUGAACCUUCCUCUCUAUCUUGAACGCACUCUUCACGGCCAGGUCAAGCCUAUGAUCACGCAGUGCUCAAUACGCCAUUUGUACACUGCCGAAGCUCCAGACGUCGCCUCCAAGAACGCAUGGAUUGAUACCGCAAAGUCAUUCGAGCGCCGUCGCUGCAAUCACCACACUCUUGACGAACCUUUGUCCACAUUAGAAUGCUUGAAAUCCGUCGUCGAUCCCAAAGAUAGCAGCACAAACAAGAACCGCUAUGUUGUCGCCAGUCAAGAUCAAAAAGUCAGGUCCGCCAUGCGCAAAAUCACCGGUGUGCCGCUCAUCUACGUCAACCGAAGUGUUAUGAUUAUGGAGCCUAUGGCAACACAGACUGAGGAGUUUAGAGAGGCUGAGGAGAUGGGCAAGGUCAGAGCAGGCUUGAAAGGCAGAAGAGGUGCCGCUCCCGAACAACCUUUGAAGCGCAAGAGAGAAGACGAAGAUGAGGACGAGGAUGGUGAAGCACAGGGCGAUGCCUCCAUGCAAGGCACCGAAGCUGCUCCAAAGAAGCGUGUCAAGAAGGGUCCCAAGGGCCCCAACCCCCUCAGUGUCAAGAAGUCAAAGAAGCAGACGGCGAAGCAGGAGGCAGAGAGACAAGCAAUCAGAAAAGCCGCAAAAUCAGAUCCGCAAGCUGCUGAAAAGGCUCUCGACGCAAAUGUCGCAGUCGAUUCGACGGCAAACGAUGGUUCAGAAGCAGCAGGCAAGAAGAAAAGGCGAAGAAAGCACAAGACUACUAGCGAUGCGGCCGCUGGUCAGGCCGACGUCGAUGAUGCUCCUCCCGCUGUUGCCAUGGAUGUUGAUGCAUGA